AUGCAAAAACGAACAUUAAUGACAAACCCUCAGAAUAAAGGUUGGAAUCAGGAAAACAUAUCAGCAGGUAUGUACACAGCUAGCAUCUUCAUCUUCAUGCUUGGUCUGUCGUAUGCAGCUGUUCCUUUAUACAGACUCUUUUGUGCCAGUACGGGAUUUAACGGUACACCGGUGAUUGAUGCUGAACGAUUUGGUCCUGAUCGACUUGUUCCUCAAACCAAGAGCAAACGCAUUCGAGUGACAUUCGAAUCGAACACGUCAGACACAUUACCCUGGUCAUUUAAACCAGAGCUUCGAGAGAUCUAUGUUGUACCUGGCGAAACAGCUCUGACAUUUUACAAGGCGAAGAGUAGAGCCAAGCAAGAUAUCAUUGGAAUAGCAACUUAUAAUGUUACGCCGUACCGAGCAGGCUCUUACUUCAACAAGAUUCAGUGUUUCUGCUUUGAAGAGCAAAAGCUGAGUCCUGAAGAAGAGGUAGACAUGCCUGUCUUCUUUUUUAUAGACCCUGAUUUUCUGGAAGAUCCAUUGAUGAAAGAUGUGAAUACCAUCACCUUAAGCUAUACAUUUUUCAAUUCGCAGCAUGCAAAGGGAUUAAAACCAGUGCAACAACAACAUGUUGAAUAA